UACCCGACUUUGUGAAUCUUGAUAUGAACGUUGUGUUAUAUUUGAUUUUGUAGUCAUUUUAAUAUUCUGUUCAUUAUUACGGUAUAAUAAAAUUCACCAGGUUUAUGUGUUAGUUAAUUAUAUUAUCACGGUUUUUUUCGUUUUUUGCGUUUCAUACACAUACUUCAUCUUAGUGGUUUACCGAGGAAAAGUAAGAACAUCAACAAUGGAUUCAUCGUAUCAGGGAGGUGUUGCCCAUGAAGAGGCUGACGAAUUUCAGCGUCUGUCGCAAACAAUAGCAAGCAAUAUAAAGAAGAUUUCCCACAAUGUGUCUUCUAUGUCAAAAAUGGUUAACCAAUUGCAAACUCCUCAAGAUUCACAGGAACUUAGAAAGCAGUUGCGGCAAAUACAAAACUAUACCCAGAAAAUGGCAAAAGAUACAUCUUCCAUGAUAAUGGAGAUAAUGAAAAUGAAAACUGAUAAGGCAACUAAUCGGCUGACAAGGGAAAGACUCAGCGAUGAAUACAUUGCCACACUUAAUGCAUUCCAGAGUACUCAGCGAAUAGCAGCCCAAAAAACAAAGGAAGACGUGAAAAAGGUGAAGGCUCAAAACAUCGGUAUUGAUGCUUUUGCCUCAGGUAGCCAAAAGGAUUUGGUGGAAAUGGGUGCGGCUAGGAAACAGGAACAAAUGACUCUGCAAUCUGAGAGAGAGCUUGUGGAGCUAGAACAACGCGAGAGUGAUAUCAAACAACUCGAGAAUGAUAUAAUGGAUGUGAAUCAGAUUUUCAAAGAGCUUGGUGCAAUGAUACACGACCAAGGUACAAUAGUAGACUCUAUUGAGUCCAAUGUUGAGUACACAUCACAAAAUAUUGAGAGUGGAGUUCAGGAAUUGAGACAGGCUGCAAACUAUAAGAACAAAAUGCGGAAGAAGAAGGUGUACUUAACACUUAUUGUCUUGAUUAUUAUUUCCAUAAUAAUCAUAGCUAUCUUCUAUCAUUAAUGGAAUUCAUUCCGUGUAAUUCCAUCCAUAAUUAUACUCCACAGCACUCAUUUAUUUAUAUAUAAUCAAUGUAGAUAAGAAUUUGUACUUUUGCAUUGUUUGUACUAUUACCACGUUACCAAGGCUUAUUGUUUGUCCAUUAAACAAAUUUUAUUUAAAUUGAAUUAAUUUUAAAGGAUUUAAACCACAUGUAUUGUAUGUUUACACGAGCUAUUUGAUAAAAGUUAGGAAUAUUGGUUUUUAUUUGUAAAUUGGAUUUUUUUACUAUCAAACAUCAAUAUCAUGUCUAUAUUUUAAAUUGAAGUAACUGCAAUAUGGUGAAGAUAAAAUUUUUAUUAUUUAUUUAUAUACUUACACAUUCUUUUCCACAUUUAUAAGUAAGUCUAUUAUGGUAUUGACGAACACUGUUAGUGAUACAAGUGAUGUUAUAUUAAGCCAAAGAAUCUAAUACAGAUAAUUAUAUAAUAAGACUGCACUGACAGUUUUUGCCAAACUAAAUUUAGAUCAUAUUGCUGUGAUUAUAAGGUUUUAUUGCAAUGUAUUGUCUAAGAAAAUAACAACCAGCCAAGUAAGAGAUUUGUAGCAAGUUUUACCAGUGGGAGGUUCCUUUGCACAGGAUGCUAGCUAGAUUAUGGGUACCACAACGGCGCCUAUUUCUGCCGUGAAGCAGUAAUGUGUGAGCAUUCCUGUGUUUCGGUCUGAAGGGCGCCGUAGCUAGUGAAAUUACUGGGCAAAUGAGACUUAACACCUUAUGUCUCAAGGUGACGAGCGCACUUGUAGUGCCACUCUGAAUUUUUGGGGUUUUUCAAUUAUUUUCAGCGGAACUGCAUUGUUAUGGGCAGGGCGUAUCAAUUACCAUCGGCUGAACGUCCUGCUCGUCUCGUCCCUUAUUUUCAUAAAAUAAAUAUUUCGCUAUAAUUAGCGUAAAUAUUAAUAAUUUCAAUAUAUACUAAAUAAUCGAACUAUCACGUCUAGUUUUUCUUUCUUUCUUUCAAGUUUUUAUAAUAUGUAGUUUGUCUUUUAGAAAAAAAAAGAUUAAUUUAAUUUGAUUACAUUUCUAUUGGACACUUAAUCAACCAUUAAUGUUUCCUCUAUAUUGAUAGAAUCUUACAAACUCCUUGCCAGUCCAAUCUCACUGGGUUUGUCUUGGUCUUGUCAAUGUGUUCCCUUUCCUAAAGAAUUAUCCCUAAUUUCUUUUAUUAUAAGAAAACCCUGAUCUAACAUGAUCUAAUUGGUUUAAUUUUAUUAUGUAUAUAAGUGUUUUAUUUUAAAUGUUAUCAUAGGUAAUGCUCAUUUUGAAAUAGGUGUGUUUUUACCAGUAUUGUCAUGUCACACAUUUCACAAUGUGAAAGGUCCAGUGAUUAAAUUGCUUUGCUCAGAUUUAUUGAUUGCGAGUGUGACAUCAAGUUAUAUCCGAACAGUAAAGUUUGAAUAGUGUUAACUUCAAGUUAGAUUUUUUUUAUGUAAGUAUACAAUGAUUUCAUAAACUGACAGUCUAAAACAUUUAAAUUAUUCAUUUAACCAUUGUUGUUGUUCUGUUAAAUAUAACAUUAAUAUUCCUUAUAAGUAUGUAGUGUAUGUUUUUAUUUCUUUCUGUUUGUUAAUUAUUCGUCGUAAGUUUUAUCAAUUAAAAUAUUGUGUAUGUUUUAAAUUGAUUUAAGCAGUUUUAUACUAUGACAAAAUAAAAACAUAUGUCUUUGAAGGAAAACUUCUUUAGAAUCGUUGUGAUUUCAAACCGGAUGCAACGGAAAAAACGACAGGUAAAAGACACAAAUACAAAAAUGUGUACGAUGAAGCCGGCAAGGAAUGAGACAGAAAUAUGACGCGAGUAGGUAUACCUUAAUAUAUUCUUAUGUCAUACGCACGACCUAUAACUGCAUAGACACCAGAAGAACAUAAAUAUGGUAGCCGUGUUAGUAAUGUCUCUCAUAGCGGUUGAAAUCAUGUGUCAUCCUAGCAACAUGUACCAGGACUUCAUAUGCAGUUUAGAGGUUCAUGCACAAUGCAGGAUUCACUUCUGACAUGUGUACUUUGUACACACGCAAUUUUUUAAUCUAUGUUUUUCGUUAGUGUUCUAAAUAAGAAAAAUAUUGUCUUGUUAUAAUAAUUUACGGUAGUAGUAUAAUCUACAGCCAUGCAAAUUCAAAUUCGUAAAGUAUUGUGUGUCCUAUUUAUAUAGCAAUAGGUGCAGUAUUUAAACAGCUGGUUUUAGCUGGCUAGUAGUGCCUGGGUUGUUAGCCUUUUAUUUCAAUUUAUUGAAAUAGGCGUAUUGUGCGGAAAUCCACUAUUAUUCAAAUGUUGUGAGCCUUCUUGAGUUGAAAAUCCGCUAAGACUCUCGUGUCAGUCUCGUCUCGUGCCAGAAUUUGGCGAGUCAACAUCUCCUGUGGAAUUUACACUCACGAAGGCUAACAACAUUUGAAUCCUUUCAUUUCGUAUUUUAGUAGAAUUUAUUUAUAUCAAAACGUAGUGUUGAGUUAAUUAUUUGCGACAUAAUAUAUUAACAGUUAAUUUAUAUGGUGGUUGACUUACAAUAUGGCCAGGAAUAGUCUUUUUAAAUUAAGUUUUUAUUAGUUUUGUAAAUAGUACAAGUCCCUAUUUAUAGUAGUAUGUGUAUUAUAAUGAACCUUUUUAGCUAAGUUUACCCAUGGGAGGCUCCUUUGCUCAGGAAGCCGGCUAGAUUAUGGGUACCACAACGGCGCCGAUUUCUGCCGUGAGGCAGUAAUGUGUAAACAUUACUGUGUUUCGGUCUGAAGGGCGCCGUAGCUAGUGAAAUUACUGGGCAAAUGAGACUUAUUAUCUUAUGUCUCAAGGUGACGAGCGAAAUUGUGGUGUAGCUCAGAAGUUUUCGGUUCUUCAAGAAUCCUGAGCGGCACUGCAUUGUAAUGGGUAGGGUGUAUCAAUUACCAUCAGUUGAACGUCCUGCUCGUCUCGUCCCUUAUUUUAAUAAAGAAAAAAAGGUUUGAUAAUGUAAACCGUAUACUGUUAUGAAUUUCACUCUUAGGUAUAUAUUUAAAUGUUUUAUAUAAGAGUAGUGUUAUUUGUAUUACAUUAUUUUGCUUGUCUAUGACUGAUUGCAACUGUUGUUAUGUAAUAAUUUUCAAAAUUGAAUAUUACUAUAAAUUCUGGAUUAAUAUAAUGGAAUGACGUCCAUAGAAAUAUAUAAAAAGGAAUUCUUAUUUUAUAAAAAAAACUUUGUGUCAUUAGUUUGCCACUACAGUUUCAGUCAUUAGGAAUAGUAUUAAUUAUAUGUUUAUAUUAAAAAGAAAUCCGUUUAUUUUUUAUAAAUUUAAUUGUGUAAGAUACAUAUUCAUACGGGCAUUCCAAUGUAAUUCCAAUACUUGAACAAUUGCUCAGCCCAAUUAAUUAAUUUAUCCUAAGAAUAUUUAAACAUUAUGUCCCUUAAUAUUUUCCAUGCUAUCGUUUCUAUACUUCUGCUUUUUUUUUGGCAAAAAAAUAGCACUUAAUAAAAAUUGUCAUUUUAUUUUACUGUUGUCUUUCUUUAAUUUUUCAAAGCUAUGUUAUUUAUUUCAUUUAGAUAAAAAGAUAGGUAUGUUUAAUUAACUGUUUUCUUUUCCCUUCACAAGUUUUAUUUCAAAUGUAUAUAUAUACUCGCUUGGUGUAUAUGUAACAUAGUAACAUAGGUAAUGUGUAUUCAACUAUUUAUGAAAAUUAAAUGAACUGUACUUUACUUUAACCCCCUUAUUCAUAAUACUCUGCUAACUUAAAGCAUUGCUAAUUCUCACUCUGUCUUCUUCUAUUGACCUAAGUCAGAAUGAGAAAAAACACUCCUAAGCGGCUGUUUAAAGUUAGCGGACCAUUAUGAAUAAGGGGGUAAAUGUUCAGUGAUUUAUCUAUGUGUCAAGAUUUCUAUCUGUAUAAUAAGUCUGUAAUGAAUAAAAUAAGAUCUAUAAUUAGUUCCAUAAAAUCCGUAAGGGCCGCUACUUAGCGUCCAUACAAAAAUUUGCUUAGUGACUAAGUAAGUAUUUUAUAUUUAUACUAAGAUAGUAUUUUAAAAUUUUUUACUUAUAAUUCGUUAAGAUAUAUUAUACAGAUAGUCAUUUCAAUUGAUAAUUAAACCCUUUAUUCCGUUCAAAUACUAGCAUAUUUACUGCAGUUCUGAAUAAGACGAAUUCAUACUAUUUUAUUAUUAUUUUUAUUGUAAUAAUUGCUAGACUCGUAUAUUUACUUAGGUGAAGGUGUAUUGUUUAUUUUGAAAUAUACUAACCAAUCAAACA